AUGAGGGAGGUGAGGGACAGGAGGCCCCUGGACUCUGUGGAGGAGGUAAGGGACAGGAGGCCCCUGGACUCUGUGGAGGAGGUGAGGGACAGGAGGCCCCUGGACUCUGUGGAGGAGGUGAGGGACAGGAGGCCCCUGGACUCUGUGGAGGAGGUGAGGGACAGGAGGCCCCUGGACUCUGUGGAGGAGGUGAGGGACAGGAGGCCCCUGGACUCUGUGGAGGAGGUGAGGGACAGGAGGCCCCUGGACUCUGUGGAGGAGGUGAGGGACAGGAGGCCCCUGGACUCUGUGGAGGAGGUGAGGGACAGGAGGCCCCUGGACUCUGUGGAGGAGGUGAGGGACAGGAGGCCCCUGGACUCUGUGGAGGAGGUGAGGGACAGGAGGCCCCUGGACUCUGUGGAGGAGGUGAGGGACAGGAGGCCCCUGGACUCUGUGGAGGAGGUGAGGGACAGGAGGCCCCUGGACUCUGUGGAGGAGGUGAGGGACAGGAGGCCCCUGGACUCUGUGGAGGAGGUGAGGGACAGGAGGCCCCUGGACUCUGUGGAGGUGGUGAGGGACAGGAGGCCCCUGGACUCUGUGGAGGAGGUGAGGGACAGGAGGCCCCUGGACUCUGUGGAGGAGGUGAGGGACAGGAGGCCCCUGGACUCUGUGGAGGAGAGCAACCGACAGACCAACCGACAGACCAACCGACAGACCAACCGACAGACCAUCUGA